CGGGCCGUGGGGCCGUGGGGCUGUGGGCCGGGCUGUCGGUCGGUGAGGAGCCAUGGCGGCUGCGGGGCUGGCGGGGAUCUCGGCGCGGCCGCUGGGCGCGGCGGAGCCGCUGUCGCUCGGCUCGCUGCGGGGCAAGGUGCUGCUGGUGGUGAACGUGGCGUCGCUCUGAGGCACCACCACCCGCGACUUCCUGCAGCUCAGCGAGCUGCAGCGGCGCUUCGGGCCCCGCGGGCUGCUCGUCCUCGGCUUCCCCUGCAACCAAUUCGGGCACCAGGAGAAUGCCACCAACGAGGAGAUCCUGCGCUCGCUGGAGCACGUGCGUCCCGGCAACGGGUACAAGCCCAACUUCACCAUGUUCGAGAAGUGCGAGGUGAACGGGAAGGACGCGCACCCACUCUUCACCUUCCUGAAGGAGGCACUGCCCUUCCCGCACGACGACCCCUCCGCGCUGAUGACCAACCCGCAGUACAUCAUCUGGUCCCCCGUGCGCCGCAACGACAUCUCCUGGAACUUCGAGAAGUUCCUCAUCGCUCCCGACGGCGUGCCCUUCAAACGCUACAGCCGGCACUUCGAAACCAUCAAGAUCCAGGAUGACAUCGAGCUGCUGCUUCAGAAAGUCCCGAAGGAUGCUCUUGAAUAAAGCGGAGCCCGUCAGGAUCUGCUGCCCCGCUGUCCCUGCUGCCUGUUCAGCUCCCUCAGCUCGUGCCUGCUUUGCUAGGAAGGGGCUGUUACCCUGACAGAAAUUCCAAUGUCCUUGCAAGUUUUGCUUGUGAUGGUGCACCUUCCAAAUCUUUGAAGUGUACUUGAUGUUUUAAAAGUUGCAUGUGAAUGUUUGGAAAAGUAUGCCAGGGGAAGCAGCCUGUGAGUCUCAGUGGCUUACUGUGAUUUUCUGAAUUAAAGGAAAAAAAAAAAAAA